GAGCCGUAUUAAAGUUGCGUCUUUGAAAACGAAGCGGGCUAUUUUCAUACUUGUCAUUCGUACGAUGACGAGAGGUACCGUUAAAGGAAGUUUCUGCAUGAACGCGUCGCCAUGGCAUCGCCUGGGAUUCUGCGUAUUUCUCGUCCUCUUCCUUUCUAAUUACAACUUGCAGUCAUGCGGCUUAAGAAUGCCUUUGUCAUCAAUGGGCGAAAUCCGAAACCUGCUCCGUUACACCGUGUGGAACCUCCUGACCUUCUCUCGCCACUUGCGACCGUUCUCAGUGACCAACAUAACACACGUAUACCGACUGCACAUGCUGCCGAACGGCAGUGAAUACAGCAUCAACACGAUGGCAGGUUACGUUGAUGGGCUGUACAGGCUGGAAUUCGACAACGACCACAUCGAGCUCAACAAUGCGAACACCACCUACACCUACAAGGUUGUAUUUCGAGCCAAUGCACCGACGUACCACUCAGCUGUAGCUCCGUACGACCCCAAGAACGGAACUUACGUCUACAGGAACCAAACCACGUACUACAAUGAUAUCGUCAUGGUCCUAUGGAUGAAAAUCGACAGGCUCUCGGGCACAGGGAACUUAUCUUACGUGGACCUAUCCAACGCUAAUUUUCUCUACGCCAAUCCUGGUACCAUAGGGCCUGAAAGCUUCACUGGCCGCUGGUUUCAGGACGCAAUGAAAGAAAUUGCAACCCUUCGAGUUUUCCGUUUCAAUGAUGUCCGCGAUGUGUAUGCUAAAAUGUUGGACAACCAACGCUAUCUGUAGCCUGUCCCUUAUGCGUGCUUCUCUGCUGCAAGAUAUUUGUGAAAACACUGCACAAUACAAAUUGGUUCAUGUAAGGUACCGGAUGCCCGAAAAUGCCGAGAAAUGUGUGUUGCUCUUUUCAAAUUGCUCUGGCGAUGUCAAUGCACCCUGCAUUAAUAUACUGGUCAUAUUUACCGAUCGUGUCAGUUGCUGUUAGUUAACUGGGUCACUAAUCCACAUUGGUGAACUGGUAAAAACACCUAUGUAGACUUCAACCUCGCUCAAUAUAAGUCUUCUAUGACCGGAGGUCGAUCUCCCUUCUCCCUACAUAAGCUCUGUCAAUGUCGGAUAAAAGAUGACUGAUUAUAACAACAAUCUUAGUGUAUCGUUAACGGAAGCUGUUCCUCCUCCUUGCCAAGUGGGUCACUUCUCAAAAGGAAUCGCACUUCUAACAAGACAUUCACCAGCUUUCCAUGUACAGAAUAAACAACUUCCAAGACUCG